AGGUAAACAGAGGGUAACUGGCAUACAUCACCGACAGGGACCAAACAGGAUGAUGGGCCAGUUUGCCUCCGAGAGGCCGAUUGCCAUGAAAGCUCCUAAACCGAAGGCUACGAAGGUACCGGCGCAUGCGUCGAAGAUCCCGGCUGGUACUCCACAGAACAAGUCGUUGAUGGAGAGGAGGAAGACGAAGGGGGGUGCAACGCCGAUGGGUGGGGUUGGGGCUAUUGAUCCGGCGCUGAGGAUGCAGCAGAAGAUGCCGCCGCCGAAUACACCACCCACAACGAAAAACAUCCUCGAGCGGUAUAAGGAUGCUCCACCAAGCUUGAUCAUCCACCUCCACCAGCAACACUUCCGAUUCGAACAACAAGACGGUAACUUUCAAUACAACAGCCCUAUGAAGUCUAUCCUAGAACACAUCCGCCUCGAAACUAUCCCACCAGACUGCGUCGAAGUCUUCCGUGACGCACGUAUCCGAUUCUAUGAAGGCUGCCUCAUCGUCCAAAUCAAAGACCACCGACCCCUAAAACACACACCCCAACUUAACAUCCAAGCACCAGCACCACCACCCUCAAACGAACACAUCACCCCCUCCCCGCACAUAAACGCCUCUCAACCCCCCCAACGACCAGCAAGCAGUACGGGCCCAGAACGAACCUAUACAACCGUCCUCCACCCAACCGCAGAAAGUUUAUGGGCAGAUAUGUGUCUGAUGUCAGACUACACUGACCCCCGCGUCAAUGACGAUUUCUCCCUCCGCAUGGAAUCCCUCGUCCUCCUCGCUACCUCGCCCCCUCUCCACCUCGAUCCCCUCCCGCACCCCUCGGCCCUCCCAUCCCUUCUCAAAUCAAUCCUCCCACUCGCCCCUCCACCACCGACACGCAAAAAGAGAACGUCGCAUGCGCUACAAGACGAAGAGGCCGAGCGGGAGGAGGAGGAGAGGCUCAUGUUGAUUAUGGAUGAGAAGUAUGGGGUUGGGGCUGCUAGUGGUGGUGGCCGGAGCGGGAAGGGUAAGAAGAGGGAGUUUCAGCCGGCAUUUGGGAGGAUGGCGUUUGUCGAGGCAUGGAGGAAGAAGCAGAAAGCAAGGAUCGCCUCCACUCAAGCAGGCCGUCCGAAUACGGCUGCGGCGCAAGCGCAAGCUCAGGCUGCGAAUGCGGCGCAGGCUGGUGGGCAAGGGCAGGGUGUGGGACAGGCGGCAGCAGCAGCUCAGGCUGCGCAAGCGGCACAGAUUCAGGCGCAGAUUGCACAGCAACAGGCGCAGGCUCAAGCACAAGCACAGGUUCAAGCGCAAGCGCAAGCACAGGCCCAUCUCGCCGCUCAGCAGGGUGGUACACCUCUCCAUCUACCUGGACAACCCGCCGCUGGCGUACCCGGGGUGCCAGUGGUAGCAGGACCAGGAACCCCCGGUACAGCCCUCUCCGCACAAGAAGCCGCUCGAGCCCACCAAGCCGCCAUCGCUCGCGCCCGCGCAAACAUGGGUCAACCCAUCCCCGGCGCUGGCCCCGGUGUCGGUGUUGGUGCUUCAGCGGCACAAGCGCAGGGUGCUCUGGCAAAUAUGACGAUCCAGCAGUUGCAGGACGUGGUCGCUGUGCAGCGUUCAAGGGGAAUUCCGAUACCGCCGGCGAUUCAGGCGAGAUUAAAUGCGGCGUUACAGGCUCAGGCGCAAGUACAGGCUGCGCAGGCGGCGGGGUUGGGGGUUGUCAAGAGGGAGGGAUGAUGAAUAGGUAUCAGAAGGCGUUUGUGUGAUGGUAGAAAUGAAGACUAAU